CUCAUCCAUUCAGUCAUCUUGCAACGGUGCUAGCAGGCAAACGGAAAAUUCAAUCGCUAGUGAAUGUGUGGUUGGUCGGUUAGUGAGAAGAGGUUUUUUUUGUGUGUGUAUUCAUCCAUUCAAUAGUUUUGCGGAAAAGAGCAACAUAAGAGAAAGAAACUCCAAUGAAAAUCGUGUGCGUGUAUGGAGAAUCCUACAAAGGAUUUACGAUGAAAAGCGAAGCUCAACGGCACCAGGCCGCUGCGUAGAUAGCUGUAUUAUUCAAAAAAGUAAAAAAAAAAUCAUAAAGAAAACGUUCCUCAAACGAAAGUUCCGUUCGUGCUAUUCAAUGUGACAUUCAAUGUGGGCCUGUGAAAGGCGUACGAAGUGUGUGUAAGUCUUGCACCAAGUGGAAUCGUUUCGUUCAAGUUUUUCGUGCGGCGUAUCGUUAGAAAAAGCACGUACGCAGUCCUACGAUGGGCGACGGCAUCGCUUGCUGCGCCGGUCUACUAAGUGCCCAGAGAGAAACCCCCGACGGUGACGAAAAUUUUCGAUAGGGAAAAUUGGGGCCUCACGACAAAAUAAAGGCAUUCAAAGCAAGGCGCACCCCCCCUACAUUAUAGCGUGGCCUUUUCGUUCAGAGCUUUGAAGAAGAAAAAAAAAACAAGAAAUAUACAAAGGGAUCUUUUUUCUGGAAAAGAAUCUUGAGUCACGAAUAAAAACCAUAACAACUCGCUGGCCAUCUACAACUUAGUUUGUGCAUCAGUGUAAAGUUUAGUGAGACUAUGGUGAAACAUUUCAUCAUCCGGUUUGGUAUUCGAGUAGCAACAAAGUGAUUGGAAAUUUUAUUUUCUGUGUAAGUGUGUAAACGAUUGUAAGAAGAAGAAAAAGUUUCCCCACGCUUGUGUGAUCCCGUGACAAAAUCAAAAAUAAUCCCAUAUCACGCGCAAGCCAAACCCCGUGCGGUGCAGUGCGAAAUUCCUUCUCUAGAUUUUUGCGCAAAGAAAAGAAGGGCAGUGUGUGAGAGUGUCUGUGUGCGUGUGUGUAUGAUAGUGUGUUUUUGUGCCACAAGUUCUUUCUUUGCAACCACCACCAACUCCUGCAUUGGAGUAUUGUAAAAGCAGGCUGCAUUCGACGGUACAUCCGUUCACACUAGCUGUGUCGUAGCAAACCGAUCCCUCUUGCAUUCGAGUUUGUUUUUGGGAGACAGGUUUAGACAGAAAUUAUCCGUGGCCGCAGCUUAAGCGAUUCUGGUGCAAGAUGCAUUCGGUCGGCAUUCAUUCGGCGCUUGCCAUCAAGCGGCAGCGCAAGAGACGCGACAAUCAGCGCAAGGCCCGGGAGCGCCGCUACAGCAUACAGAGCUCGGAAAGCGGUGACACCCAUUCGCCGCACGGUUCGACACGUCGAAAAUUUCACCCCCAGAAAGUGCACAUCACCGAUAAUAAUAAUUUAGAUACGAAAGUAGUCACCAGCAUUGGUAUGCUGCACAUAGGAGUCGUGUUCGUAGUUUUCGGAAUCUUUUUACUAGGCGCUGGAUUUUUUCCAGAUAAUCUAUCCAAUCAACCGCAACAAUCGUGGCACCUGCUAGGCAAAGGCUCCUGGUGGAAUGAACUGAUCUGCACGGGCCUGUUUGCCGUCGGUCUGGGCAUAUUUCUAAUCAUUCUCAACUGUGUGAUAAGUAAUCGAGAGGAGCAGGAUCUCGAGAGCUACGUCCAGCGGCAGCUGACACGUUCCCGGUCCGGUCAUCGACUGGAGCGUGACGUCGAGACGGGCGGACUAACCACACGCCAUCAUCGCAAAGCCAUGCAGAUACAGAAGGGUGCCGCCGAACGGGGCCUGGACGAUCUUUCCAACUCGAAUGUGCUGCUGACACCGACCAGCAGCGAAGUGGUUACCCCGACAACACCGUCCGGAGUUCUGGGUGCUUCUGGUGAGAUACUGUUGGAGAAAAUUUUGGAAGAGGACAGCAGCUACGGCGACGCGGACUACUACUCCCGGAACGUGGGCCAAUCGCCUCCCGGUGCAGAUAACGAUAAGCGACUGCUGCUGGGCAACGGGCAUACUGGCGCCAUACACAUGACCGACAUCUAAAAGCGGAGUAAAAGAGCGAGAGCGAGCGAGCAGGUGGCACGUGUGCAGCGUUGCGUAUCGGUAGGCUGACGCGAAUUGUGAUGACGAUUUUUGUAGUUUUGGUAGAGCUUUUUGCUGGUGGGUUUGAGGGGGGGAGGUGUAGUGAGAGAGGGAAAUUAAAAUGGAAUCCCUCGGCGAAAUAAAAACACACUGUUUACAUCUUUUUCUGUCAUUACGUUCGGAUUUUGUGGAAUGAUCUUCAAAUGUUACAGAACUUGUAGGUGAUAGUACAAGUAAAAUGUAGUUUUUUUUUAUUUCAAAUCUUCAAAACCAUAACUGCUAAAAAAAUAAUCACUAAAGUUGAUCCCAGGCUGCCCAGAAAAUGACCAUCCUAUCCAUUUUUAUUUAUGGAGAGAACCGAAAUCAACUAAGCACUAUUAAGGCAAGCCAGAAUCUCGUUUAAUACGUGGAAACGGGGGAAGAUAAAUCUUGUCCACUGCUUCCCGUUUUUAUCCCUCCUGCCGGGCGCCAUAAAAUAAUCGAUGAUGAAGUGUGGGUGCGCUCAGUAAAGCAUAAGAAGGAACGUACGAACCAGCCAACAUUAAAAAAAAACAUAGUCAACCAGUUGAUUGAUUGACAUCCGCUCGAAUCAAAUUAAAUUCCCACUGAGAUUAAUCACCACGUGAUCAUCAUCAUGAUCGGGAGAGCGGGAUAAGGGAAAAUCACAACCAGACGGUGUGGAGAAAGCAUGGAAAGCUCGUGAACGCAUUAACGCACCGUACGCGUAACACACAGUAAGCACAAGAAAAACAAAUCCCGAUAAACAACCAUCAUCAUAUCGCGCAUAUUUCGCCCAAUAUGCUUCAGACGCGCUCAGUAAGCUUUUUGGCCUUUAUUUUCGUGCGGCUUGACGGAUUCGGUCUCGUUUGGCAAGUUAACUAAAUGUUGAGCAGGAACAAAAAGAGAAACUACUAAAGCUUCAUACAUAUAUAUUCGGCUAAUCACGACAGAUGUUUCUAUUUUACACAAAUGAAAGUCUCAUAUUGUACGAAAAACACGGAAAAAUAUUUACGACACAGAGUGUGAGUGUGUGUGUAUAAGUGCUGAUUUUUUAACAAGUCAUCGUAAGAACAUUGAUGUUGUAAGCAAGACUGGGUCAAGAGGUAUUGAAAGGUUAAAAUAUGUCUCCAUUAAUCGUAUACAUGAAUGUGAAUGGCGUUUAGUACCUUUUUGAUGUUGUGCAUGUAUUUUAUUUACAUUUCAUCUACCAUUUACCAUCACAGCACGUGGAACAGUGACAGAGGUGUGCGAUACUGCAGAACAGUAAUGCGAUCAAACAUAAAUCUACUUGUUAACACAACAACGGGAACGUUUUAAGGAUAUGGCGUAAGCCAACGUGUAACGCUGAGAAUAAUGAGGGAGAAAGAAUUGUAAUUAAAUAUGAUAACAUGAUAACGCCACUUCUAUACUUGCUAUAUGCGAUAGGAUAGGAAAGCUACUGAAAAGUUACCAACACAGGAUCAUCGAUAGAAGUAAAAAAGUGCUGCGUGAACACGCUCUUGGCUCAUCAGCGCUCAUACCAACCUUUCUUUUUUCUACAAUAUUUAGUACGAUCAUCAAUAGAUGUAAACAGAACCUGGUGCGCUUAAUAAUCAGUCUUCUGUUUCAUGUCUACGUGCAGCACAGCAACAGUAGUAGAAACAAGCAUUUGCCUUACCGGCUCAACGUCUCUUUGCGUAUCAGCAAACUUACAGUACCACAUGCAUUUAACAAAUUCGCAGUUAAGUAGUAAAUGGCUUCAUGGCCUACAUACUUGCGACAAAACAAAACAAAAAAUCGAUCGAUAAUUAGUUAAGAAAAGGAAAAUAAAAGACAUUCUUCUCUGAACGCUGAUGGAACACAACUGUACACCAAAGAAACACGUUUCGGGCAGCAUUUCUAAUACCAAUACCGUAAACAAUCAGCAAGAAGAGGCGGAUAGUUAGUGAAAUGUGACAAAAAAAAAAAACAAACAAAUAUACUCCACACACUGUAACUGUGUACAAUGAUUGCUCGGUGUAGUUCGGUUUCGAGUUUUGGUUUUAUUUUUUGCUUCGACAAGCUCGAGUAAUCAUUUUACUGCCAAGUAAUAAAAGGGUAAACGCGCAACACACCUGUCUCCUGGGUGAGUUUGAAGGUACUAUUCAUCGUUUAUGAGGCAAAACCCGGGAACGGAUAAAAGUUUGGUUGGUAAUGAACACAUUCUCGGAAAACAUAUUUUCUCUUUCCCGGAACAAUACGCUUACGUGAAACUUUUGUGGCAAAAUGGGGGAAAAAAGAGUGGAAUCAAAUCAAAGAAAUUGUGACAGAAAAUUAAGGGAGAGAUUCCGAAAAUAGCUUAAGAUUGAUGUGUCUUUAUAGAGUUUGUAUGAUUUCGCCUAUUAAUCUUCAUUUUUAGUACUGAAGCGUGUGACUGAUCGAAGCGUAAACAUAACUGAAACUCAAUUAGAUCCCUACACAAUAAACAUCAACUUCACGUUUCAUCAAUUACCCCGGGGUGAUGGGUAAAAAUUAAUUCUUACAAAAUACAUUUACGCUCCCUUGCCCUUCUUCACGCCAUCUUCAAUUAAUUUCCAUUUGCGCACUUCAAAAUAAUUCCCGAAACACGUGCUAAUUGGUGCCCAUAGUUCCAUGACCUUAUAGUUUGCGAUUCAGCACUACUUGUACCCCGUUCGAGUUGUUUAUCGUUUUAACAGGAGUGCACAACACAGAAACCCAUUCAGGCGUGUUUGAUCUCUGUCAGGGAAAAUUGGAUUGUGCUGGAAAAUUUUACCGCCCCAGCUCGGCUCAGCAUUUGUAUAAUCAACAUCAGCUGACGCAGAAGGCAAAUGUUUGCACGAGUCCCACGAUAUGGGACUCAUCCUUUCCACCACUAUUAACAAACACACAUACACACACCCACGUACACACUAUCGAAGAAACCUCUUUGAUACAGUCGUGUGGUAAAUAGUUUGCGGGUGAUUACUUUGCAAGAUUCAAGCCAUACUUCACGACCUGUUUACGUCCCAGCUAGUGAAGAUGUUGCGCAUUAUCUUCAUCCAGCGCUCGUCUAUCAACUCUCGCCCUCGUCUUUGAGGAUAGACGGUAGCAUAUAAAAUAUAUAUAUAAACGUUUCGAGACAAGCUUACCGGCAAGCUCGUGAAUUUCGCGAAUUUGUGGUUUUCUAUUCACACACGCUUGCCUUUGUGUGUGAAACUGUGUGGAUUGUCGACCAUAGAGGAACAGGGUACAGGUUGUUAAAAACGUUGUCUAAGUUUUACCUCCCACCAAGGAAUCAUUUACAACUCAUGCGUGUCAUAUGGCGAAGCGGUAAUAAAUAACAAAUGUGGUACCUACAUUGACAGUGCUUCAUUUUACACGGCAAACGUAAAAUCGCAAUCAAAGUGUUGAAAAUAUGUCUUCGGAACAUUAAAGUUUAAUGAAAAAGGGUGAAAAGCGUGAGCGUAGGGAAUACAGUGGAAUUACCAGGGAAAUUAAUGUUUAAUUAUUGUGAUUAUUUUUUCAUAUAAUUAUAAACAUUGAAAAAAUUAAGAACAAAAUUUCAACACAAGGGAUAAAAAACAUAAAAAUCACCAAAUAGUGAAAAGAAUGCAAAAGAAGAGAUGAAAAUGGACGUUUGCGAAUUUGUUGCGAGAAAGCAAAGGAUAACACAUUUAAAUGUAACACACUUUCAUGAAAAACAAGUGAACAAAUGAAUGUGUAUUGUGUGAUCACUAACGAGAAUCUCCAGAAAUUAUUCCAUAUCCCGAGACACAUCCUGUGCACCAUUGAUGAUGACCUGAAAGAUAGCGAAAACCGAAGAAUCCUUUGUCACAAAAACUUGAAAAGCAGUUAAAGAGAGUAUAUGCUACCUUACAUUCGAAAGGAUACUUUUCGUUCAACAAAGAAAGUACUAGAGAUGUGUUUUGUUUCUAUCACACUGUUAGGUAUCGAAAAUGUUGGAUGUUUUUUAGCGUCGUUACUAUGGAAGAGAUAUUUUUUAAAAGGAAAGGUAAACACAAAAUCUGUCAUGUCUCCUGAAAGAGAUGAACAAAUGCAUAAACCGGACGUGGAUACGUAGGGCAGCAAGGUAGAAGGCAAAGAGGUAGAUCGCCAUGCGCAGGAUGGAAGCAACAUUUGCUACACAAACGUUUUGCGCAUCGGUAUGAAUCAAUACACCUAAAACACAUGAUAUAUACUCCGACCAAUUUAUAGCUAAGAUCUAUUUUCAAUCUUUUUCUAUAAGCAUGUUUAAAGUGAACGAUCGUCGUCACUUUGUACGCGAUCGUUCAAUCGUAUGCGGAAGCGUAGAAAUGAAAAAAACGUAGCGCAAAACAGAACAAAAGGGAAAACAUGUUCCACAGUCUCAAUAAUACACACAAACAGAUAGAACUUCUAGCACACACACACACCAGAUCACUAGUCACGGCAAAAAAAAGUCCCCCAACCCAAGUUAGUGGUUUUCUACGGUUAACUCGUAACGACAACGACGUGCUAGAAUUACACACAUAAAACUUACCGUGCGAAUAAUAAGUUCGUAUGGUAGAUUUUGCUGCACAAAUAAAUCGCUAUUAUGAUCACUGUAAACGUUCAAUAGCUAAAAAACAAGUACGACACUUCCCUAAAGAUCGACAAGCAAAGUUUGAUGGUGGUGAAGUGUUAAUUAAAAGAAAUUGAAUAGGAAUUGCACACACACACACACACACACGCACGGAUGGAUAAAGAAAAGGCAAAACGAAAAGAUACAUAACGCAUAACGCUAAGCAUUAAGGCUAGGCUGAAACUAUCUUCCGAAUCAAACGUUCUUUUUUUUACAAUUGUGUCACGAUAAUCUAUUGCAAACGGCUGUACACUGUAUGAUGUUAGCAGAAAAAUUGCAUGUAAAUCAAUUUUGCACAAGCGUUUGAUGUGAAGUGAUUCCUUCGAAAUUAUUGGUUCACUGUUUUGUGUAUGUUAAGUUUUGCAACAGCAAAAUACCAUCUUCUGUGUUAUUUAGUUCUAUCUGUCGUCUAAAAGUUAAUGAAAUUAUUUCGAGAUCUAAAAAGACAUUGCUAACAUUAACAAUAGCACCAUAACAGUAUAAUAUAUCAUGAGAAAAGUUGGUGGAAUGUUUAAAAAAAAGCAAGAACAUGACAUGUUCAGGCCCUAGUUCGUACAUACAUAAAUCGGUAUUGCCUUUCGAUAGUCGGUUUUGUACAAACAUUCAUAUUUAAGAUAUUGCAAAUCUGUUACCCGAUAGAAUAGUAGGACGAACGAGAAGAUAAUUCACCAUAGUCUCUCAAUACACCGUAUAAUCCCCUCCGUUAAUCAAUAAAUCAAACUAACGAAUUUAUGUUGCCAAUACCUUAUACGACAUUUGUUUCUACAACACACGCAGUCAUACACCAUUUUCGAAUUGAAUCUUUCGCUUGUAUAAGAUGCCAAAAUAAGUAAACAGAUAAAAAAGAAGAGGAAUAAAAAUCAUGUGUAUCGCAUUUUAGUGCCAUGCACGGACAGGUUCACUUAAAUAACAUCUGCAUCUGGGUAAGGGAAAUUGCGCUACAAUUUACUGUAAACUAUAAUUUAUAAUGCUAUUGAGCGGGAUUUUUAAACGAUUAAAAAUCUAAUGCUAAAAACGGUUAUAUUUUAAAACCGAAACCGAAUCUGAUUUCGCUAAUUAAACACGUGACUGCAUUGUAAAUGUGAUCAAACGGUAGUAAUCAUACUUCGGAAUGGAAUGGACGAUUCCCAGUCCGAAUGGCAAGCCACUAGGUACGUGAUGGUGUAACAUGUAACUAACGCACGCAUACAAAUACAUUCAUUUUACACAUUUAUUACAAUUACGGAAAUGAGGUAAGGGAAGAGAGGAAAAAUUACUAUCUAUCGACACCUCGUCGAACCUGACAGAGGCUGUGUGGAAGAACGACCGGAGUAACACAAACUAAGAGCGAAUGUCGUUCGAAUAAAACAUACAAUCUGAAUCAUAAUACUUCACGUUUGAUGAGCACGUUUAAUCUUGGAAAGCGGGCGAGAUUAUUGGAGAGUAUCUUCCAAACAAAAAACAACAAAAUAAAACAAAGAAUCGCACCAGUAUCAAGAACAGCAAACGGUGGAACGGUAUUAACGAUAAGUGAACUAAAGAAAAUUACCGUACUUGGACGUGGGAGCACCUUAAUUACAGUGGUAAUGUGUAGGAUAAAUUUCUCAGUACAGUACAGCAACAGCAACCACACUAAUAACAUCAAAUUUCCAUUGCUAUAUGCUUUAUUUAAGGGCAAACAAACAAAACACAAACCCAAAACAAAACAAACGUUAAACUAUAAGAAUGCAAGCAUUAAGCAUAAGAAAGCGUAUUACAUUUGACUUGAAAGCUUCAGUGACAGAGAGCAACAAAACGAUGCAACAAACGGUCAAAAAUAGAGGGUGUUGAAUAACAGAGAGAGAGAGAGAAAAAGCAAGCAAGCGAUUGAGCAUCAACGUUUAGUCAAUACGAAGAAAAACACCUAUACAUUGAACUAAAUGAAGUGAGAAAUAAAUCGAAUAUUCUGAAAAUCUUA